GCACUCGGAGCAUGAGAUAGAUACUCUGGUUGGUGCCUUCGAAACGGCGAUGAUGAGCUGCGCUCUUCCCGCCGGUGCCGCUCGCGGCCCAUUCACCAUCCCCCCAUCCCCCUCUUCUCAUCCCCUCUCCUCAUCCCCUCAUCCCAUCUACAUACUAACCAUACACAUGUACGACUCCAUUGAGCAAACCGUCCGUCUAUACACAUUUCCCCAUAUGCCAUCCCUGCGUAGCUCCAGCUUGGCGGCAGAAAAGGCGGCUCCACACGUGAUUGACGACGCAUGCGCGCACCUGCAGUACUGUACUCUACUGUACUCUACUGUACUCUAAUCCGCUCGACUCGACUCUACUCCAAAUGAAGCAAUACUGUUUGGAUUGGGAAGAGGAGGAGCAAAGUGCCGUGUUAAUGGGGAAAGAUGCUCCUGCCUUCGCGGCAGUUGGGCGGCGGGGAGACUUCAAAAGCAAGCAAAACACACAACACAUCGUCAGUCGGAAUUGGAGCUUGCAGGCGAUGCGCCGAGGCUUUGGACCACGUAUAUACAUAUGUGUGUACUUUAUUUUCAUCGUGAUACAUACGAUGGCGAUGGUGUUGACAGUUGUCGUUGUUCACCGGAUUUCGUUCCGUUUCCUGCGAUGUCUAUGCGAACGUAGUCUACCCCGCUCUCCUCCAUCGCUCCAUCGUACUCGCCAAAAAAAAACUUUCUAUGUGCUCUGUAUGUAUGUAAAGGUACGUACAGCGAAUACAUAUGUCGGCACAUAUCCUGCAUACAUACCAACUUUUUUUCUUCGCGUCGGUGAAGAAGAGGGACGCAACGACGACAAAGUCGAUGAGCGUGCAGGAAAACCUUUACCGUGCAUCGCGAAGAUGCCAUGAUGGGAUGCCAUGCCAUGCCUUGGGAUGCCAUGGUGCGGUGUGGUGCGGUGUGGUACGCGGUGCAGUGCACGGAUCAUCUGCGUCCCCGAGCGCUUCGUCGGCGGUG